ACCAAAGAAAUGUGGAAAAUGUUAUUUGUGAAACGACUGAACUUGAGCAAUUGAAUAUGAACUGUAUACUUCUGUGUCAGCGUUGCAGUAUCCAUAAUUGUACCCUACAGCUACCCUGAAACUGGUUGAACUGGUUUACUGCAGCUGCCAGUGUGUGCGUGCUUCGGGCGACUUGCUGCUCUCUCUGGUCUCUAUGGGGAGACUUGCUGGGAACGUGCUGGUUAGAACUGGAUUAAACUGGUAUUUCGCCAACAAAUGUACCACAGUCACCAGUGCCAGUGGUUCGUCGAGAAAGAACAAGGAAACGGCAAAACUGUUAUAUGUAAACUACGACUUAAACUAAAGUGUUUUACGUUUAUUUUUUUUUAAAAAAAAGAGCCUUUUUUGUCACAUGAAGAUUUCUACACAAAGAAAGGAACACUUUGAAAAUCAUGUAUUUUCUCAGAUGUUAUCCUCAUGUGACUUUCCAGCGCGUGGUCAUGUCAAAAAUGGUUUUCAAAAACAAACUCCAUGAGGGAUCACACACUUUUACAAAAUCGUAAAAAUAACGCCUCGAAACGGCAAAUUCCCAUUGGAGGGUUUGAGUGGGUUAAAAAGUUUCCCUUGUAACAAAAAAAAUGUAAAUUACGUAAAAGAGUGUUUUAUGGAUAACUGAAAAUACUUCUUUUUCAAGACGAAUAUACAAUAAAUUGGAUAUUUUUGGAGCCUCUUUGUAAAUGGUAUUAUUGUAUUUUUUCAAGGACUUCAUUUUGAUUUUCUAUUUUUCUUGCGUUGAUUAUUAGAGCCUGGUGUUGUGUGAAGAAAUAAACCUCCUCAUUUCCUGGAGUGCAGGGGAGACCAGGCCAGAGCAGCUGAUCGCAGAGGCCUUUCCCUUUCCCCCCUUUGUGUGUGUUAUAUAUAUAUUUUUUAUACUUAUAUGCGGAAAAUAGUAAUCAUAAUUAAAUUGCAGGACCAAAGAAGAAAGAAUGUUUGCUUUUGUGAGGUUUCUGGAAGACGAUGUUUGCUACGCGUUGCCAGUUUCCAAUGUAAAGGAUUUUAGACCUCUGCACAAGACGGAUUUCGAUAAUCAAAAGGUGUAUUUGGUGAACAGAACAGAAGAGAAUGGCUCAGGCCAGCCUGGCAAGGCACAAAUACUGGCACUUGCAGAAAACAUACAAGAGUUUGAACACAGCAUUCUGCAGAAGAAGAUGAAGAUUCCCAAACUCUCCACAAAAGAUGUUGAAAAAUCACAGCAGAAUCACUUUGGGGAGGAACCAAUGCCACUCAGACACAAAAAGGCACAAGAGCACAGUCGCUCCUCGCACGCAAACUCCUCAAAGAGCCUGGAGGCUGUGGUCGCACGGCUGGAGCGCAAUGCUGUGAACUCGUACGCAGAGGGAGAGGAGGAAGAGGAGGAGGAGGAAGAGGAGGAGGACAAUGAGGAGGACAGUGUGGUGGAGGACUCGGGCACAGGGGAGGCCAUGGUGCCACGCUACCUCUAUGAGGAGCUGGUGCACAACUACAGGCAGCAGGAGGAAGAGAUGCGGCGCCUCCAGCAGGAACUGGAGCGCACGCGCAGGCAGCUGGUACAGCAGGCCAAGAAACUCAAACAGUACGGCAGCCUGAUGACCGAAGUGAAGGAGCUGAGAGACUUUAACCGGAGGCUGCAGGACGUCCUGCUCCUGAGGCUUGGCAGCGGAGGUUAUCAGAAGAGACAUGGGGAUGGUGUUGAGCCAAUGCACGACAACGGCACUCAGACAAUCAAGGUUGAUCCGGUGGAGCCAAUUAUGGAGCCACAGGAAGUCUGUCGGGAAGAGGCGAAUGCCAGCUCGAGCUCCAGUCACUCUCCGUCCCCCAGAAACGUAUACACUUUCAACGAUGGGAAGGUACACUUGGGUGGUGGGAUUUGGGUGGAUGAGGAGAAGUGGCACCAGUUGCAGCGCACGCAAGGAGACUCUAAGUUCACCAAAAACCUGGCAGUGAUGAUCUGGGGCACAGAGACCCUGAAGAACAGGAGCGUCACAGGGGUAGCCACCAAGAAAAAGAAAGACGCCUUGCCUAAGCCCCCGCUCUCGCCAAGUAAACUCAAAAUCGUGAGAGAGUGUCUGUAUGAUAGAGUAUCUCAAGAAACAGUGGACAGUGCCGAGAUUACACAGAGACUGUCCAAAGUGAACAAAUACAUAUGUGAAAAGAUCAUGGAUAUCAACAAAUCAAUCAAGAAUGAGGAGAGGCGGGAAUCCAAGUUGCUCAUUAGACAGACGGUCAAGAUGGAGAAUUUCACCUAUGAUGGCAUAUAGUAUUAAAAGUUGUCACCAUAGCUCAUUUCAUUCCUCAUGGCGUGCCUAAAAGGACAAAGCUGGAUGACGCCCUCUCUUGAAGCUGCUCAAAAGUGACAGAAGAAAGUAUGCCCUCCACUGUCAUCCUUUCAGGCCUGCCAUAAGAAAUACAGCGAGGUACGGUGACAACUUUUAACAAGACAUGCCAUCAGAAUUUCUUAAAGCGCUUUUUCAAGGGUUGGCUGACUGUCUACAACAAAUGCUGCAGAAUGAUACCUGAACUGUGACCGCAUUUCUUUUUUUCUUUUUUUUAAACAGUGAUCAUCCUGUGGGUUUGGUGAAAGCUAAAAAGUAGGAAAGUUUGAUUUCCUCCAUGCUCUUAAUGGAUCCUUCUCACUGAUUAAGCUUUUUUUGUUUGGGGGCGGGAGCGGGGGGGGAGUAGUGUAAAUAGUUUUAUAUUUUAAGCCUCUUUUUAUAGGAGUUACAGAAGAUUUAGUUUUAGUCCCAUGUUAUACCAGUCUUUCCUCCCUCUGUGUUCCUCUGUUUAAGAAAACAAACCGACUAUGUUCGGUACUGUCAGAAUUUUUUUUUUUUCUGUUGCUGUUUAUGUGAGCUAUACAUUUUAAGUUUAGCAAAAAAUAAGUUCACUGAUCAUCAAGUUAGGUUACAAAGUUAAAUGAUGAUUAACACUUUAAACACCACGUUUGUCGACGGCAUUCUGUUUUUGUCAAUAAUCACUACCAAAUCCAUCGUUUUAUGGUACACAGCUAGCAAAAAAGCUGCUCCGAGCACAAUCAAAGAAGAGUUUCCAUUGUAAGCCUAUGUCUAGAAAUACCAAAAUAACAACCCCGCUAGGUGCUGCCAGGAUAGGCUAUACACUGGAAAAAAAAAAAUUGGAAAACUCUAACCAUAAACGCACACCACUGUUGUAGUCUGUGAACGAUUAAUUUAUGGGUAAGUCCAUAAAUAAUAAUUUUAUAAUUUCAGUGUAAAACACUGAGACUUUAGAAUAAGUUGUUGUUCUGUAUCUUACUAUUGAAAAGGUUAAACAGUUUUUUAAUUUUUUUACUGUUGUCCAGUAUGAGAGAACUGUAUUAUUCUUGUUUUAACAGGGACUUCCUGGCUGUAACUGUGGGAAAUGUUCUCUGGUAAAUAAGGGGUUUUAUUGCCGUUAUUUAAAUUUCUUGAUAUUUCCUCUGCAUACUCUAUAUGUUGUCAGAAUGCCGUAAUUUAGAUGUGGCCGCACUUGAGAAAAAAAUAAUAACCAAACACCUCAAGAACAGAAUUCUUCCCGUGUCCUGUGACUUAAAUGUCUAGGUUUACUGGCCGACCUUUCCUCGUUUUCAAAACCAUUUGAGGAAUUAAAAAUAAACAUGAUUGAUUGUCCAAAAAAGAAAAUCCUUUUUGCAAGAAGGAUUUAAAAAACAUAAUAUAUAGGAGAGUGAAGCUCUGAUGUAUAAAUCUAGGCCCUGUAUUCAGGGACGCGUUCUUACUAAUAAACUUUGCUUUCGAGCGUGCAAUUGCCACAGUAGGUUGAAGCAAGUGCACAUUCUUGCUUUACAGACUGUGCAGCUUUUGGGUUCCAAAGGUGAAAAUCUUGUGCAGUCAGCUUUAUAUGGGACAGUUCUGUAGUCCCUAGAGAGGUACUAUAAAUCAUGUCUUUGACUCUCCAGAUGCCAAAAACAAAGUUAAGUAAUGCAGCUGUGGAGGGUGAUGUUUUAUGUGUUUAAAGUUAUGUUGUCCAUUGGUAUGGUUUGAAGGAUAACAUCAUGAACCAAUACAUUAAAGUUUUACCCCUUGUCAGAGCUCUUCAGUCUGUUGUUGCCAACUUUACUGAACAAUAGUUAUAUAGCAGGAGAUGCUAAGUGCUUUAAUCAAUGGCUUAGUCAAUUCAAAGGGAUAUAGCUUAAAAUCCAACAAAUCCAAUAAAGUGAAUGACUAGAGCUUGCUAAGAGAAUCCUUGUUGUGGCCAGUGUUCUAUCUGUUUCUUGAUUCCAGAACAGGCAGAACAGUGGCCCCAUCUGCUUCUACCGCAGAGAAGAUGAAUAACCAGUGGCUUUUUCUGGAAUCAGGAAAUAGACAGGGGCCAAACCACAAGGUUUUGAUUAGGAAGUACGUAGAUCUUAAAGUAAAAUCAACCAAACUCAAAACAAACAAAUAGAAAAUGCAUUUUGUUUGUCUUGCGUUUGCUUAUUGGAACUGGGAAAGUUGUACUUUCCCUUCCGUGGUGGUUGAUCUUGUAUUUGGACAUGAAUACAGUUUUGCUUAGUUCACUUAUAUGGCCAGAUCAAGUAGUAGAGUCAGUGUUGGCCAAUUCAACAAUUUUUAGUCAUCAGCAUAAGGUAUGGAAGGAAUGCAAACUACCCAGGCUUGAAGAAAUUACAACAUAGAACCACCUUAUAGCUGAAGAGCUCUUGUUCAGAAGAUUUUUUAAAUUAAUCUAGCUGUAGCUUAAUUAAAACUAAUUACUAAUACUUGGAGAGUAUCAAAUCAUAUCAUCAAAUCACAGUGCAUAUUGCCAGUACAGCUCUACCACUAAAAACCAUUCCAUACCACAUACAUUUUUUUGUUUGACCAGAAUGCACAACUUUGGUGGAUGAAAAAGAUCAAAUGUACUGUGCUGAUCUUCUAUUGAAAAGAGACUUGUCAAUUGUGAGGAUUUAAAACAUGCACUGUCCUCUCAUACGGGCUGGACUGGAAUAUAGCAUUGUAUUUGAACCUUGUUUAAUGGUAAUGUUUACAACCGUGUACAUAUUGUUAAGUUUCAAAUACAAAUUACUAAAUAUUGUAGACAAAAACAAAUACUAAAUGUUUUCAGUAGCAGAUCAGUCAUUUUGCAGGUUCAAUAAUGACACAAGCAAUUGGCCCUGCUAGAAUAUGUACUCUGAUAUUAAGGUCAAAAGAUUAUGAUGUUAAAAGGGUAAAAAUUACUUAAUUUAGGGGAACUGUUUUGACUACUAUUGUGUUUCUUUUGGAGCCAAACCAAAUGAAAAACAAGCCUCAUACACCAAAGUGACUCCCAUUUAUUUUAUUUUAUUUUUUAGAUUUUUUAUUAUCAAAAAUGAAAUUCCCUCAUGCAGUUGUAAAAUGUUAGCCUUUAUAGUGGUGAGGAUUUGUAUAUAUUUUUUUUUUUUUUUUUGCUUACCUGUGAUAGUACAUAAAAGAGAAUGAAUUCCUGAUAUAGCAGCUACUUAAAUUUAGCUAAUAUUUAGAUUUGCUACUGUUUAGAUCAUAAAAUAGACCAAACAAUUGGUCUGUUUUGAGGAAAAAAAAAAAAGAUUUGUCAUGAUGUAUGUGUUUUUUUUUGUUUUUUUGUUUUUUUUUUAAACACCAAACUGCAAAAUCUGCUAUGGCUAAGCAAUCCAUGUACUCAUUUACUGUGCUUUACUUCCUUUAAUAUUCUGUGUAAAAACCAAGAAAAGUAAAAACUCAAAUAUAUUCAUAAGACAAUAUCUUCAUAUAAAAUCAUAUUGUCUUUCAGGUUGCUUAUGGGUGUGGAAAAAUAUUUCCAAAGUGUUUCCAGCGUUGGCAAUUUAUAAUAAAAAAUGAGUCAAUGACUGAAGAAAAAACAAUUAUGAGAUUUGUGAAUUAUCUCUCCUCUCCUGCUGAAGAUAAUGGAAUCGUUGUGCACCUGGGCUUACUCAAAGACAGCAAGCUACUCUCAAAGUCGUCCCUUCAGAAUUGAACAUUGAUCUGAGCCACUUAAUCUUUUUCCGCUGUUACCUGAAGUAACGGCUGAUUGGAUUCAUAUGAAAACUCUUCUGGCAAAUGUUUUUUGCACCUUCGGGUGUGUGACUAGUUUUGCCACUUUGCAUCAUUUUUUGGUGUGUUUGCUGCAGCCUAUGAUCCUGGUACUCUGUUUAAUGUACAGAUCUACAGAAUAAAUUCAGACUUUUAUUCUAAAAUAUAAAAAACUAAAAACCUUA